GGAGGUUGGUACUAGCCCGGGGCCCUAUGCACUGUAACACGCAGCAACCGCCAUGGCAGCCCACUAUAGCAUGCAGCGCCUAUACAUGUCCGUAGCGGAGGCCAUGUAGCCGCAGUGUGUGCGCCGCAGGCCGCUGUAACCCGGCCCCUCCAACAGCACAGGUAUGCCGUGACUCGCCGCCAGCAGAGGGCGCUGCCACAACGGGAGACCAGGCCGCCCGCUCACCCGCCGGGAGCGAGUGACCCGAGUAGUAACGUUGGUCCUACGGCAGAGCCUGUCUUCCCGCCCGGCUUCCCCCAGAGAUGCCUCUGCUCUUCUUGGAGCGCUUUCCCUGGCCUAGCCUGCGGACGUACACCGCUCUGAGCGGCCUACUGCUGGGCCUUAGCCUCCUCAGCGCCUACCGCAGCCUGAGCGGGGAGCUGGAGGAGACAGAGGAGGGCGUCCCGGAGGAAGAGGCAGAAGAGGGCCGGGCACAGCUGUCAGGAGAUGCCGGGGAAGUGGCGGUGGAGCUAGGCCGGUACCUGGUGUCAGACAGCCUGGGAGUGUGGGUCCUGGUGAACACAGUGUGCUGCUUGUUGAUGCUUGUUGCAAAACUAAUUCAGCAUGUGGUGUUUGGUCCGUUACGUGUCAGUGAGAGACAGCAUCUGAAAGACAAGUUUUGGAACUUCAUCUUCUACAAGUUCAUCUUCAUCUUCGGAGUACUGAAUGUCCAGCAUGUGGAAGAGGUGGUGCUGUGGUUUCUCUGGUUUGCUGGCCUGGUCUUCCUCCUCCUUAUGGUGCAGCUCUGUAGAGACCGAUUUGAAUAUCUCUCCUUCUCUCCCACCACCCCAAUGAGCUGCCACAUCCGUGUUUUAGUUCUUCUGUUCACCAUGCUUGUGGUCUGCUGCGGGCUGGCCGUGCUGUGUGUGUUCGCUGGAUAUGAACACGGGAUGCACACACUGGCAUUCAUGGCUGCUGAGUGCUUGUUGGUAACAACGAGGACAGCUCAUGUUGUGUUGCGUUAUGUGAUUCACCUUUGGGACCUGAAUCACGAAGGAACAUGGGAAGGCAAGGGGACAUACGUAUAUUACACAGACUUUGUGAUGGAGCUUGGUCAUCUGUCUAUGGAUCUGAUGCAUCAUAUUCAUAUGCUGUUAUUUGGGAAUAUUUGGUUGUCAAUGGCAAGUCUGGUCAUCUUCAUGCAGCUGCGCCACCUUUUCCACGAACUGCAACGCAGACUACGACGCCACAAGAAUUAUUUGCGGGUCGUCGGGAACAUGGAGGCUCAUUUUGCUAUUGCCACUCCUGAGGAACUGGAAGCGAAUAAUGACGACUGCGCCAUUUGCUGGGAUUCUAUGCAGGCUGCGCGCAAGCUGCCCUGCGGGCAUCUGUUCCACAACUCAUGUCUCCGCUCUUGGCUGGAGCAAGACACGUCAUGUCCAACUUGCAGAAUGUCUCUCAAUAUGGCAGAUGGCAGCAGGCCUCGCGGGGAGCAACAAAGAGAGAACAUUGAGCCAAAUAUUAUCCCACUAACCGUGACAGAGGGACGACCCCGGCUAAAUCACCAUAAUCACUUCUUCCACUUUGAUGGCUCAAGGUUUGCCAGUUGGCUGCCAAGUUUCUCAGUGGAAGUGAUGCAUACGACUAACCUUCUGGGAAUUGCACAAGCCAGUAACUCGCAGCUGAAUGCCAUGGCCCGACAAGUUCUAGACAUGUUCCCACAAGUCCCAUAUCACCUAGUGUUACAGGAUCUUCAGCUCACUCGCUCUGUGGAGAUUACAACUGAUAAUAUUUUAGAAGGACGUAUCCAAGUACCUUUUCCCACGCAGAGACCUGAUGACCCCAGACCUGCUUCUGACAGUUCUCCAGAUGGCAGCGAGCUGGAUGAGAAUAAUACACUUGUUCAGACUGAGCGGGUUCCAUUGGAUCUGACACCAAAUGUGGAGGAAUAUGUCGAUUUCAGCGAAGUGGAACCACAGCCUGUGGAGGUGGAUGACUUUGAGGCCAGAGGCAGUAGGUUUUCCAAAUCUGCAGAAGAGAGACAACGAAUGCUUGUACAGAGGAAGGAGGACAUGGUGCAGUUGGCUAGAAGGCGCUAUUUGAAUGGAGCAUCAGACGAAGACUUGUCUACAUAUUCAGAAUAUCAGUUGUCUUCUACGGACUCGGUAACCAUUCGCAGACGCACGCUGGCAGCCGCUGCCGAGCGCAGAAUCCAGCUCCAGCAGCCCCCUCAAUAACGGCCAGAGCACAUGCAUCACUUUGCCUUGCUCCUUGUGCACAAGAGACUCCUACUGGCCCAGCAAUUUGCUUGCCAGCUGCCCCAGCGACGGACAGAGUCUGCUUUUGUCGUUUCUGUUUCUCCUGGCAGGCCUUGUUUUUAGAAGAAGCGAGACUGCUUCUUGGCUCUGGUGCACUCUUCGCGUGUUAGAUAAUGACUCUCUACCUGGAAGCUAACAACCAAUCUGCAGUCUCUGAGAGGAACCCAGAUCGGGGCACCUUGUCAGUAUUUAGAUGGAGGAAGACUCCUCUGGUGACUCUAGAUAUUAAAGUAAAAUACAUACUAAACUCUCAUCCUAUUUUUAUGUAUUUCUUGAGUAUCAACUAACCUUGCCAGCAGUGCUCACAGAUAUGGACCAUACUGUCUAUACUCACGGCCGUCCCAUAAUGAUGGCAUCUUGUUUACAGAUCUUUCAAAUUAAAUAUGUUUAUUGACCUUCAGUUGUCAUAUCCGGCAGUCCUAAGGACAGACAGACUCGUUCGUCUGUUAGUUCUUGACCAGGAGGAAUGGAACUCUAAUAGGUUGUUGGAUGAUUUCGCUGCCACACAGUCAUUGUGUCUACAAGUAUUCAGGGUGUUCCCGUGCUAUAAGACAGGAUAUAAAGAAACGUUAUAAGUACUAAUGGCUAGUGUUGGGAAGGGGUGGCUCGUAUGUAGUGAUGGGAAAGAGAUGUCCGGUAAGUAGAUAAUGAGGAGGAGAUUUGGGUAUGUUGCUGUUUUCUAUGGGGCUUGGUCCUGCAAGAUGGAGUUCUUCUGUUGCCAAAGGAUCAGUGUUAUUCGGCAGAGCUUGGCAUGGCAUGUUUUCGGUUCUACAGGCAAUACUUAUUAAGACUGCCAUGGCCACAGAUGUUCUACAGUAAAUUUUCGUUUUCCAUCUCCUGUUUUGUCGCUUGCACAACAUUAUUCAUUUAUGUGACCCUUACCAGACAGGCAGACUCACAUUUCUGUGAUUGGUUCAUGUGAACCAUGACUGCAGAAGACACCAGGCCUGCAAUUCCUUAGUUGACCUUCAGACAUUAACCUGUUGUACGUCUUAAUGUGCAACUGAGUACAUAAUCCCAUGGGUUUAUACCAUGUAAGAAUGUUGGGUGAGCCUGAGCCUUGCAACUAGGAAACCUUUUAUUUUAAUGCUGCACACGGUAAUUAUGCCUUGUGAUCUGACUAUUGCAAAUGCUGGACUUUAUUCUAAAAGAAAUAAAAAUAAACUUUUUAUCUGUG